AGCUUGCCUUCCUUCCGGUGCGUCAUUUUCUGACAUGGCGGUUCCCCACAACCCCUGUGACUUGACUCCAAUUCUUUCUGAUUCCAACUCCACCGAGGAGAAACGACCCCAGUUCGGGACUCGCUUCCUUACGGACCCCCGGCAGGUUUUCCAGCACAACGCCUGGGACAACGUGGAGUGGACUGAGGAGCAAGAAGCAGCUGCGAAGACCAAAGUGCAAGAAAAUAGUCAGCCCCUGCCUCAAGAGAAACAAGAUGACUACGACAACCGGGCCAACGAGUACUGGAACGACUUCUACACCAUCCACGAAAAUCGCUUCUUCAAAGACCGCCACUGGCUAUUCACAGAGUUCCCGGAGUUGGCUCCAGCUCGCGGCGAGUGCCCGGACCAACUACCCCGUCCUGAGGUCCCUUGCACAGUUGGCUGUCCUCAGAGCAGUUUAGAUGUCGGGCAAAGUGACGCAAACCGCGGCUUCCCAGGUUCUUCUGCCACGUAUCGCAUUCUUGAGGUCGGCUGUGGUGUAGGCAACACAGUGUUUCCCAUCUUGAAGACGAACAAUGAUCCAGGACUUUUUGUGUACUGCUGUGAUUUCUCUAGCACCGCCGUGGAGCUUGUUAAGGCUAACCAAGAGUACAACCCCGCUCGAUGUUUCGCUUUUGUACAUGACUUGAGCGACGCCAACGCCUCGUACCCCAUCCUGGACGGAACCCUGGAUGUCGUGGUGCUCAUCUUUGUGCUUUCGGCAUUGCAUCCGGACAAGAUGCAGGCAUCCAUCAGUAGACUAGCGAGGCUGCUCAGGCCCGGCGGAGUGAUGUUGCUCAGGGACUACGGCCGCUACGACUUGGCGCAGCUACGCUUCAAGAAAGGAAGGUGUCUGUCAGACAACUUUUAUGUCCGUGGUGACGGAACAAGAGUGUACUUCUUUACUCAAGACGAGCUCCAUGCCAUGUUCACGGAGGCCGGCCUGGAGAAGGUGCAGAACCUGGUGGACCGAAGGCUGCAGGUGAACCGGGGCAAGCAGCUGACCAUGUACAGGGUGUGGAUCCAGUGCAAGUACCGCCAAGCUUCCGGAGACCAGGGCACAGGGGGAAACCCACAGUCCUGAUUCCAAGAGAUGAAACCAUCAGGACAUUGUUAGGGCACAAAGAAUAUAACCAGAUCCUGCCACGGCGUCCAUCCAUCCAUUUUCUACAGUCCUAAUUACCGUAAUUAGCUUAUCUACACUGGUUAAUUGGAGACAAUUUACAGUCUAACAUGUUUGUAUUGGGAUACAAGAGGAAGCCGGAGUACCUGCAUGGGGAGAACUCCAAACACACAAGGACUCGAACCUGGAUUUCCGGACUGCGAGGUGGUUGUGCUAACCACUUGCAACACCGUGCCAUAAUGAUAUCAUAUUAGAUGUAUUCACAUGAAAAAAGGCUGGUCACCUUUGUCCUCAUGUUUCUAGUUUUUCAUUUUUAGAAAGGCAUUUUUUGGAAUAUCAUUGUAGCAUUUUAACCGUUUUGUACAAACAAAAUAAAAAUACAAGCAAA